CCAUUUCUCUGCUUUCCUUGCCUUCAGGCCAUGUACUCGACCAACCGUGGAACCGUCGGAGGAUUCUUCUUGGCCGGCCGGAGCAUGGUGUGGUGGCCGAUUGGGGCCUCUCUCUUUGCAAGCAACAUCGGCAGCGGCCACUUUGUGGGCCUGGCAGGGACCGGGGCGGCUGCAGGAAUUGCCAUCGGAGGCUUCGAGUGGAACGCCCUGGUGAUCAUGGUGAUUCUCGGCUGGGUGUUUGUGCCCAUCUACAUCAAGGCCGGGGUGGUCACCAUGCCGGAGUAUCUGAAGAAACGCUUCGGAGGGAAACGGAUUCAGAUCUACCUGUCGGUCCUGUCUCUGCUCCUGUACAUCUUCACCAAGAUCUCGGCAGACAUAUUUUCCGGAGCCAUCUUCAUCCAAAUUGCUAUGGGACUGAAUAUUUAUGUGGCCAUCAUUAUACUGCUGACUAUCACAGGCCUUUACACCAUCACAGGAGGACUGGCCGCCGUGAUCUACACAGACACACUCCAGACCUGCAUCAUGUUGGUGGGAUCCGUCAUCCUGACCGUCUUCGGUAAGCCCGAGUUCAAAACCAGCCCCGAGAGUGCCUUGCCCCCAGGCCCACCGUGGCUGGUGUGAAGGGGAGGCCUCCCCCAGAAGGCCCUGAGUGGCUUUGGCUGGG